AUGUUGGCUGGGUGUUCUUCUUCUACAUUUAGUAACUUCCCUUCAAUGAGCACACAAAGAUUGGAUUUGCCAUGCAAUACUAACUUCCCUCGUAAAGAAUCAACAAGAUCGCAGCCAGUUAUUAGACCUGUGGGCCCUAUAUCACUCGACAACAACAACAACACAAUAGAAGCAAGAACAACCAACUGUUCACUUAAGCACACUGUGGUAGAAAAAAAGAACGAUAUCUGGGAUAACAGAAACAAAGGGUUAAAAAGACUUUACGAAGAUGAACAAGAUGAAUCUUUUCGAGCUAAGAGGAAAAGGGGUUGCAGUAAAGUCGAAGAAUUCGGUGAAAAUGAAGAUAAUUUUUGGUUUAGCAAACAGGGGUUCGUUCUUGAUCCUUCUGCAACUUCACUUCCGUUUUCGCCUCAGUUAAGAACCAGUCCAUGGAGUUUUGUGAAUGAAUUAGCGGAUUUUGGUGAAAGGGGAGUUUCGUCAGGAAGCCAUAGACAGAGGGUUGUGAAUGAAACGUCAUCGGGGUCGGGAUCGAGGAGUAGUUCGCCGGAAAGUCAUCGGAGUUUGGAUGUAGGAGGUACGAACGGCGUAGGUGCACCAAACCCUAAUCAAAGUUUGGAUUUAUUAGCGAUUGGGAACACGAACCAUGAUGAAGAAGUUGGAUUUGAGCUUAUAAGUUUGCUUUUAGCUUGUUUGGAAGCAAUCGGCGUUAAGAACAUAGCUACAAUUAACCAUUUCAUUUCAAAAUUAGGCGAAUUAGCGUCUCCGAGAGGCGAUUCUUCAAUCUCCAGACUUGCUGCUUAUUACACAGAAGCUUUAGCUUUAAGGGUUUCGAGAAUUUGGCCGAAUAUUUUCCAGAUUUCUAUUCCUAGAGAGAUUAAUCAGGUCGAAGAAGAGAAUGGAACAGCUUUACGUCUCUUGAAUCAAGCAACCCCAAUUCCUAAAUUCAUCCAUUUCACGUCAAACGAGAUUCUGCUAAGAUCGUUUCAAGGGAAAGAUAAAGUUCAUGUUAUAGAUUUUGACGUAAAGCAAGGUCUUCAAUGGCCGAGCUUUUUUCAGAGUUUAGCUUCCAUGAACAACCCUCCGAGCCACGUCAGAAUCACCGGCGUCGGAGAAUCUAAACAGGAUCUCAUCGAGACGGGAGCUCGGCUUUCCGGAUUCGCCGAGGCCUUAAACCUAGAAUUUGAAUUCCAUCCGGUUGUUGAUAGAUUAGAAGAUGUGAGACUGUGGAUGCUUCAUGUUAAAGAAGGCGAAACUGUAGCAGUAAAUUGCGUCUUACAGCUUCACAAAAUGCUGUACGACGCCACCGGCGGCGCUCUUAGAGACUUUUUCCGGCUAAUUCGAAGCACAAACCCUAGCGUUGUGGUGAUGGCGGAGCAAGAAUCCGAGCAUAACGACGCUGUUUUGGAAAAGAGAGUAUCGAAUUCAUUGAAGUAUUAUUCUGCUAUCUUUGACUGUAUCGAUUCUGUGUUUCCAUUACAAAGUCACUCUCGGAUCAAAAUCGAAGAAUCCUUCGGACGUGAAAUCAGAAACAUAAUCGCGUGCGAAGGGCUUGAGAGAUUCGAGAGGCACGUUGGGUUUGAUCAGUGGUGGCGGUCGAUGGCGGAGCUCGGCGGAUUCAGAAGCGUGGAGAUCAGCGAGAGGGAGUUUCUACAGAGCCAAAUGAUACUGAAAAUGUAUGAUCAUCCAUUUGGUCCGAAUUCCUUCAAAGUGGAGAAGCAGCAGCAGAGGCGGGUGUCUGAUGGCGGUGCCGCCGCCGGUGUUACUCUGAGCUGGUCUGAUCAGCCUCUUUACACCGUGUCGGCGUGGGUCCCAUCGGAUGUCGCCGGAAGUUCGUCGGCGUAUCAGCAAGCAGCAGCGUGA